ACGAGUGAAAGCCACACAGCUUCAAACGCACAAGCAAGCCUAGUAACCAGCCAUGAAGAUGAAGAAGACAUGCAUUGUUCCUAGCAUCCUGCUGAUGCUUUCACUCGAGGCCGCCCUCCUCGUCGCCGCCGGCCGCCCCACCACGGCCACCGGCGCCGACGAUGUGGGCACCAUUCUCCUGCCGAGCGAGGGCAAAGGUGAAGCAGGAAUGGUGGCGGCAGCGAAGAAGAAGGGGGAGGAGGAAGAGAGGCCGUGGAAAUGCUGCGACUUGGCUCUGUGCACCAGGUCGUUCCCGCCGACGUGCCGCUGCGAGGACCAGGUCGAGCAGUGUGCUGCGACCUGCGAGAAAUGCGAGCCGGCGACAUCGGACUCAUCCCGUCGCGUCUGCAACGACUGGUACCAUGGCUUCCCGGGGCCCAUGUGCACGCAGGCUGUUGCAAAUGCGAAGAAGAAGAAGAAGAAGGCAGAAGAAGAAGAGAGGCCGUGGAAAUGCUGCGACUUGGCUCUGUGCACCAGGUCGUUCCCGCCGAUGUGCCGCUGCAUGGACAAGGUUGAGCAGUGUGAUGCGAACUGCGAGAAAUGCGAGCCGGCCACGUCGGACUCAUCUCGCCGCGUCUGCAAUGACUGGUACCAUGGCUUCCCGGGGGCCAAGUGCACCGCCGGCGGUAACUAGGUGCGCGGUGAUCGCCUGAUCAACGCCGCCCAGCCUGGG